UCUUUAUUAUUAUUUUGGGGGGAUUAUUUUUUGUCUUAAAUCAAUUCUGUGUGUGUUUGUGUAUGUAGAAAGGGGUGGACUUGAGAAACAAGAAAUUCUGGAUGUUGCUUCAUUAGAAAGUAAAGGUUUCAGAUAGUAACUGCAUAGAUGAAAGGUUGUGUAAUUGGAAAUUUGAUUUUGAAGCUAAACCCUCUUCCGCCAAAAAUGUGGGGUUUGCAAAAAAAAAAAAAAAAGAAAUAUUGUCAAAGAUCCUAAUCCCACCCCCUGGAAAAAUGUGGUAGUAGUCUAAAAUUGCAUAGCUAGGGGAAAAAACCCUGAGUUUACAUGGAAAACUUAGUAUUAAUCGCGUCUGUGCCUGUGUUUUGUAGGUUCGGGAUGUGUAUGCUGGUCUGUAUUUAGACUGCAGUUUCCCCCUCUUGUUUGGUACAAACCCCAUUAAACGGCAGAAAAGCCCUUUGGAAUUGCUUUUUACAUGGAUCUUCCGUAGGGUCUUCUAAAGUUUAUAAAAUAAGACCGUGUUUUGGUUUUGUUUGGGUUUCAUUUGUUUGUUUUGGGUUUAAUUCUUUAAUAUUUUAGACAGUUUCCGGGUGGCAGGGGACAUUAUGUGUUGGGUUUUUUUUUUAAUUUUUUUUUCCCUCUUAAAGCCGUCUCCCAGACUCUUGGAGAUGCGUGAUUUUUAUUUCAGUGAUGGGGGAUGGGGAAGGAGGAAGAGCAUGUUUUGGUUUGUUUUCCUUUUCCCGGGGAAGCCUGGAUGUCUCCUGCCGCGGGAGACCCUUCCCAGCAGGGCCGCGGUGUUGGCAGUGCCGGGGUGCCGGCGUUCGGCAGAGCCGCGGGGGUGCGGGAGGCGCCGCCGGCCCCCCUCCGCUCCAGCCGCCGAGGUGGCGCCUCUCCCGGCAGUGGCUUCUACGAAAGGCCGGGGAUCGGCGGCCUAGCGCUGGCAGUGGGGGGAGGAGGCGAGCGAGGGUUCCCGCGCUAUCCGCGUGGAAACCGGACCUGGGAUUUAGUUUUUCAAAUGAAGCACGGGAGUGCGAGCUGGGUGGGCAGGAAACCAAGAGCAAGUGGCGUAGGGAUAGGCAGCAUCACCCCACAGCUCUGUCCUUGCUCCCUGGCUGCGCUGCAGUGGGGGCAGGAGGAAGGGUGGCCUGUGAUAUAUGAAGGUGUUAUGUGUGGAACACAAGGCUGGAGGGAAUGGAAAAUGAGGUAAUGGGGGCUGUUGUGGUCAAUUGAGGCUUUUAGCCCCCACCACCAUCCCCCUCUCAGGGAAACUUCGAAUCACUGCGUUUAUUUUCACUGGGGAGUGAGCUGGUUGUUGCUACCUUGCUCUGCAUUCAGUGGGUGCAGUGAAUAUUGCUGGGUGCAGCUGGUGCCACCCCAGUGAUCCCAGUGAUGCUGCAGAGCAGGAGUGGUACUAAUGGGGUGCUGGGAUGUGAGACGGUGGCCGUGAAAGUACCUUGGGGCAGCCGCUGCGUGGAGGGACAGAGGAGUCAGCCCUGGUGGGCACAGCAGAGUGGUGGGGAAUUCAAGAGCGGUUGGCUGUGAGAAGCAGUGAAACCCAGGGAGUGGGGCAUGGCAGAGAGCAGCUGCAGGAGUGAGCAAGAGCCCAAGUUUGUAGUGGGCUCUGCAGUUUGUCCUUCAUUGAUGUGUGCCCAGUUAGCUGUUCCAUUGUACCACUAAGGCAGCCAAACUGCAGGCAGUGAAAAACUCCCAUGUUUCAGACCAGUGUUUCCUGGAGCCUUUUUCCGGGGGAGCUCCAGUCUCAGCUCUACAACAUGACACUUGCAUCUGAGCAUACUUAUUUCUAGCUGAAAUGUUACAGUCAAUGCCUGGAAGUCAGUCAAAUGUCAACUCAUUGCCAUCUCAGAAAUACGGUAUGAAAAACUUUGCCCAAAUUCAGCUCUAGCAGGGUUAUGAAUAACAGCCAUGUCCUUGCAACUAUAAUGGAGAGGCAGAAGAGAAAACAAGAGAUAGAGAAAGGACUUCAGUUCAUUCAGUCCACAUUACCCCUAAGCCAAGAAGAUUAUGAGGCCUUUUUGCAGAAGCUGGUGAGAAACUUGUUUGCAGAGGGCAAUGAUUUGUUCCGAGAGAAGGAUUUCAAGCUUUCCCUGGUACAGUACGUAGAAGGGCUGAACGUGGCGGAUUACGCAGCCUCCGACGAGGUGACCAUCCCAAAGGAACUCCUCUGCAAGCUCCACGUCAACCGAGCUGCCUGCUACUUUGCCAUGGGGUUGUUUGAGAAGGCACUGGAAGACAGCGAGAAGGCUUUAAGUCUCGACAAGGAGAACAUCCGAGCGCUAUUCCGGAAAGCCCGUUCCUUAAAUGAACUUGGAAGACACAAAGAAGCAUAUGAGUGCAACAGCCGAUGCUUGCUGUCCCUCCCACAUGAUGAAAGUGUCACACAGCUGGGACAGGAGCUUGCCCAGAAGCUGGGACUGAGGGUUCGAAAAGCAUACAAAAGACCUCAGCAGGAAUUGGAAACAUUCUCACUACUCAGUAAUGGCACCUCAAUCAAUUCAUCAAACCAGACUACUUCCAAUGGAUUGGGCUCAAUAGAUGACAUUGAAACAGACUGCUCUAUGGACUUGCAGUGCCUCCCAGCUCCUGUGGCCACCUCCAUCCCUGUGAAUGAGGGGAUGGCCCCUUUGCCCUCUGAUUCAGAUGCAAAGGGCUUGCCCACCUCACUUCCUGCUGCCAGCUUGCUCCCGUCUCCAGACUGUGUACCCUUGCCAGUGCCUGAGAACACGGAGGACUUCACAGAUGGGGACAUCAUUGGGGAAGAGCUAGACUCCCUCCUGGAUUCCCUUGCUGAAGGGUCACCAUACCCUCUAUCUCUUGUCCAGGGCACCAUUCCUACCAACCUGCCAACAGAGAUGCCCCAGUUGAUUCCUGUGUUUCCGGGAGGAACUCCACUGCUGCCUCCAGUUGUGACAGCCAGCAUUCCUGUCUCCACCCCUCUGCCACCUGCCUCCUUUGGCCUGGUAAUGGAUCCCACCAAGCAACUCUCCUCCUCCUCUGUUCUGGAUGCCUUUGAGGCCCCACAAGGAGGAAGUGGUGGCUCCACUUUAGAUUCGCUGGAUUCCCUGGAUCUGCUUCCAUACACAGAUACACGGCUUGAUGCCCUGGACUCCUUUGGGACAAGCAGGGGGUCACUGGAUACCUUGGACUCCUUUACCAUUGAAGAAACUAGCUCUCAGGAACUGCGACACCCACCUGGCAGCCAAAAGCCAGCCCCAGCGGUGAGUGAGCUACUGCCCCAUGCUGACAUCCCAGGGUGCUCUGGAGCCAAGGUCAGCCUUGGUGGAGUGAGUCACCCAGCUGCGCCCAAGGCCACUGAGCACCUGCUGUCCCAGCCAGAACCAGCAAUGCCCAACACAGCUCUGCUGGUGAAGAACCCCUUGGCGUCUACUCAUGUUUUCAAACAGGCCUGUCAUAUCUGCUACCCCAAAACAGGGCCCAAGGCUGGUGAUUACACCUAUCGGGAAGGCUUGGAGCACAAGUGCAAGCGGGACAUCCUGCUGGGCAGGCUGAAGAACUCAGAGGACAAGACCUGGAAGAGGAUCCGUCCUCGCCCAACCAAAACCAACUUUGUAGGAUCCUAUUAUCUGUGCAAAGAUAUGCUUAACAAGCAGGACUGUAAGUACGGGGAUAACUGCACCUUCGCGUACCACCAGGAAGAGAUCGACGUGUGGACGGAGGAGCGGAAGGGGACCCUCAACCGUGACCUCCUCUUUGACCCGCUAGGUGGGAUCAAGCAGAGCAGCCUCACAAUUGCCAAGCUCCUCAAGGAACAUCAGGGCAUCUUCACCUUCCUCUGUGAGAUUUGCUUUGACAGCAAACCCCGGAUUAUCAGCAAAGGGACCAAGGACACACCAUCUGUCUGCUCCAACCUUUCUGCAAAACACAGUUUCCAUGACAACAAGUGUCUAGUCCACAUUGUGCGUUCCACCUCCCUGAAAUAUUCCAAGAUCCGUCAGUUCCAGGAGCACUUCCAGUUUGACGUGUGUCGACAUGAGGUGCGUUACGGCUGCCUGCGUGAGGACAGCUGCCACUUUGCUCACAGUUUCAUUGAGCUCAAGGUCUGGCUGCUGCAGCAAUAUUCAGGAAUGACCCACGAAGAUAUCGUGCAGGAGUCUAAGAAGUACUGGCAACAGAUGGAGGCACAUGCCAGCAAACCAGCCAACAGCGUGGCUUCUCCCCGGACUCCCACGUCAAGCACCUUUGACCUCCAGAUGAAAUUUGUGUGUGGCCAGUGCUGGAGGAACGGGCAGCUGGUGGAGCCAGAUAAAGACCUCAAGUACUGUAGUGCCAAAGCCCCCCACUGUUGGACGAAGGAACGCCGUGUCCUGCUGGUGAUGUCCAAAGCUAAGAAGAAGUGGGUGUCAGUCCGACCACUGCCUUCCAUCCGUAAUUUCCCACAGCAAUAUGAUUUGUGUAUCCAUGCACAGAAUGGCAGGAAAUGCCAGUAUGUAGGCAACUGCUCCUUUGCCCACAGCCCUGAGGAGAGAGACAUGUGGACCUUCAUGAAGGAAAAUAAAAUACUAGAUAUGCAGCAGACCUAUGACAUGUGGCUAAAGAAACACAAUCCUGGGAAGCCUGGAGAGGGAACACCACUCACCUCGCGAGAAGGGGAGAAACAGAUCCAGAUGCCCACUGACUAUGCGGACAUCAUGAUGGGCUACCACUGCUGGCUCUGUGGGAAAAACAGCAACAGCAAGAAGCAAUGGCAGCAGCACAUCCAGUCAGAGAAACACAAGGAGAAGGUCUUCACCUCAGACAGUGACUCCAGCUGCUGGAGCUACCGCUUCCCCAUGGGCGAAUUCCGGCUCUGCGAGAGGUUCCAGAAGAACAAGACCUGUCCUGAGGGAGAGGAGUGUCGCUAUGCCCAUGGGCAGGAUGAGCUGACAGAGUGGCUAGACCGGAGGGAAGUGCUGAAACAGAAAUUGGCCAAAGCUCGCAAGGACAUGCUGCUCUGCCCCAGGGAUGACGACUUCGGGAAAUACAACUUCCUAUUGCGGGAUGACGUAUAGUAUGAGCUGGGAGGAGUCUGUCAGCAGCAGAAACACGGGGUGGAUUUUCCGAGUGGCAGUAGCAGGGAGAGCGAGAUCUCUGUCUCGCAAAGAGAACUUUUUCUUUCCUUUUGUUUUAAGAUUAUGAGAUGAUGAUUUAUUAGUGAAUGAAUUUGUGAAUUUGAUUCUCGUUGGCCAGCGACGCCAUGCUCACUGAGUUUGUGAUCCAUCUUUUCUCUCUUCUUUCCCCCAAAUUCUCCUUCCACUUCAUCUUCUUGUUUUUACUGUCCUUCAUUCAAAGGAAUUAAUUCCGUCUAUACUGGGCUGCAAAUCAGAGAAUUUCUCCUUGUGUCAUUCUUCUGUCUUUCAAUUCAGAGUAUGACUGCAGAGGUGUGGAGGACAAAGCUGAGAGAGAGGGACAAAAAAGUUGUGGAUGCCCCAUCCCUAGAACUGUUCAAGGACAGGUUGGAUAGAGCUCUGAACAAUGUGGCCUAGAGGAACAUUUAGAAGGUGUCCUUCUAAAUGACAGGGGGAUUGAAACUAGAUGAUCUUAAGGUCCCUUCCAGCCCAGACCAUUCUAUGAUUUUAUGAAAUCUGGUGAAUAGGUGACCAUGAAUUUCAUAUGUUCCUUUCCUCAGUGCUGCAGACUAAGCCCCACUUACUCUGCUGCAGCCUUCCUGUUCUUCCGGGAGUUUGGUACCAGAAGAAAUGGGAAUUGUGGUGCAAAGAAGGAAAACCACUAGAUUUAGCUUAAAACAUCUAGGCUUAUGCUCCAGCUGUCUAUAUUGCCCUGAGACAUCAGCUGUUGGUGAGGACAAUAACAGCUGCGUGGUAUAAGGAGUGCAAAGUAAACACAGCAAAGUAAUGAAACUGCUUGCAGCAGUGGGAACUGGGUUGUAGGUGACUUCAAACUCCAGCUCACUGUAUUCAGAAAGCAAGUUGGUGACUUCUCAUUAGAUGUCUUUUUCAGUGUGUGGCAGGUAUUCAGGGCAGAUAGUUUGGGUUUGUUUUUUUGGCUGGUGUGAUUGGUGCAAGUAAAACAGAACCCAUCUAGGAUGUGUAGUGGAGUCUGUGACACAGUGCAUGUCACUGAAGUCCACACAACAGUAUCAGUCAGGAGGGAGGUGGUCACCAAAAGGAGCCUGUGUUUCUGUGUUGCUUUGUGUCCUGAAGAGAGGGAGGGAGGUAAUGGUGUUCUUUCUUGCUCUUUAAAUGGCAUGUGUUUCUUGUUACUUAGAGCUGCAUUUUUCCCUGCACUGCCAGAAGAACUGGGUGGGGACCCAUUUAAAAGGACACCAUUGCGCAGCAUGGGCAAUGUUUAGCUAAUGAGAAUCCAGCUGGAAGCACUUACCAGUACCAGAGGUCCAGCCCCCUCCUCCUCAGAGCCAGGGCAGGGAGCACAGUGCAACCAGGAUGUGACCCAGAGCAGGGACAGUGGUGGAGAGCAGUGGCCUGCGUCUAUGCUGCCUGAUGUGUGCUUUGAUGAGGCAACCAGUAAUGCUGAACUCUGGGACAGGAGUUUUGCUUUUACAAGUGGCAGCAGUGAGAAGCAGUACUGCUCUGAAUGCCAGCUUUGUCAUUUCUGGCAGUCUCAUCCUGUAAGCAGUAAAUGUGUCCCCUGACCUGAGCUUCCCUCUCCAUCUCUCCUGCAGUCCAGCUGUGCUCUGCAGUUUUGCAUGCAUGGAUGGCACCAUCCACUCAAACACAAACACAUCUCCCUCCCAGCCUUUGUCAGGGAUGUCUUUUUCAUACAGAGUCUCCCAGGACAGCAGUCUCAGAGCCCUUGGGGCUGGUAGGGCUGUAUCCAUGGUAAAUACAAUCUGGCCAUGAACUCUUGGUGCUUUGGCAUUGCUGCAUCCUCCCGUUCCUCUCUGCUCCCAUAUCCUUGGGGUUCAGAGCUUCAGGAGAGAUGGGAUGUGAAAAUCAGGAGAUGUGGAGAUGGUGUGGGACAGCUGUCACCUUUCUAAACCAGACUUCAGGAGGGUGCUUCAGUUCCACUGGGAUAUUUAUAUUCCAUUGGGAUAGUUAGGGUCCAAUUAUGGAGCAGAGGGCACUGGAUUCUGGUCUGGAAUCUUUCCAGAGACAUGGUGUGCUCUAAGUAAACUGAAAGCACUUAGAAUCAUUAAGUUGAAAAAGACCUCAAAGAUCAUCGAGUCCAACUGUUAACCUGGCACUGCCAAGUCCCAGACUAAACCAUGUCCCAAAGUGCCACAUCUACAUGUAUUUUUAAAUACCUCUGGGGAUGUUGAUUCAGCCUCUUUCCUGGGCAACUUAACCACUUUUCUGCUGAGCUCUUUUUCCCCUCCUUUAAAAUAUGGAUGGUAAUCUCUGGUUUGCUAUGAGCAAUAUCAGACAUGGCAGUUUCUGAGUGGUCAGGUGCUGUAUUUUCUCCUUUGUUCUUUGUGGUAGCUAUGGUACCUUCUGAUCAUCCUUGUGCUCAAGCAGUCAGCUUUAGAGGUGGGAGGAGACAGGCAUCAGCUCCUGGGUAAUCUUGUUCUGCUCUUCUUGGGCAGAGACGCCAAGGAAGGAAAUCUGGAUUGGGGAACACUGGAAUGUGUUUUUUAUUUUUAAAACAAACCUGCAUCUCUAGUGUGACUCUAGCGUUCGCUGAGCCGUGAUUUCUCAUGCAAUGAACGACUUGUGUAGGUUACAGAGUGGGUUACUGUCCCAUGUCCCCCUCUCUGCAAUGAGAGUUGAGCUUCUCAGUGGGGCUUCAGAGGUUCAGGCUGGGGCUGAGGUGGGGAGAGGGGGAGAGUGAGAUGAGGUGAGGUAGGCCCAAGGUCACGGGGGUUGCAUCAAGUGUCUCUUUGUUUUACCUGAUAUGAUAACCUGGUCUGUGGUGUUGCAGUACUUCGUCACCAGACUUGUUUUAGUGUGUAUAUAUGUGACCCCUCCCAUGAAGCAUAUAUACACGGGUAUUAAAUAUAUCGCUCUAUAUAAUAUUAUAUGUGUGUGGUAUCGAAGGAAUCUUUUAAAUGAUGGUAAAGGAAAAGGACUCGGGCCAGGAAACGCAGCAUCUCCAUUUUAAAUAUGAAGCCUUUUAUUUGGGAUAGGGAAAGGGAAAUAAUAAAAGAGGGGAGGGUUUUGUAUAGAUAGGUAUAAACUCUGAGAUGGGACAGGUUUCUCUGUUCACAUUUUUGAAACCCUUUAGGAUGCCCUUGCAGUUCCACCUCAGUGAGAGAGUAUUAUACUGCUAACUAGUGAGUAAAGUUUUAAUAUAAGGCUUUGCUUAUAUUAUUUAAAGGGACACUGUGAAAGGCAGGAAGUUUCACACUGACUUCCCAAGCUUGCUUUAUCAAGCCAAGAGGGUUUUCUUCAGCAUAUUAUGUGCUCUCAGCAGAAAUGCUCAGUGCUUGCAGUUCUACAGCAGAUAAAUCACAAGUUGUAGGGGCUGCUUCAGUGGUGGGUUCACAAGACCCUGUGAUAACUCUCUCUUCUUUAUUUGUGUAAGAUAAGAAGAAGGGAAUUCUGCAGCACAGAACCAAAUUUGAGGGUUAUUAACAAAGAAAGUGAUGUUUUAAUUCUAUAACAUUAGAAGAAAAUCUCAUAUCCUGUAAAAUAACUACAGACAUUCACACAGAACAGGAAUUUAUUAAAUGCUGAAGGGCUUAGUGAAAAUCUUUUCCCAAAUUCUUUGGUAGGGGCAGGAAUUUAGGUGACAACGACAUUGGAGUUAACCUGGCCUUUACAGGGAGAAGUAAAAAAUAAUGAUAAUAAAAAAACAAACAAAAAAACCCAAAAAUUACCCUACUUAGCUUGUAGGAAAACUGUAUGUCAAAAAUGGAUGGGUUUUAGCAAGUGAAAGGAAAAGAUUGCAAGGGGAUGCUGCAGUUCUGAGCUGGGUAGUAAUGAUUUUGAGUCCUUUAAUAUGUCUUUGUAUUAAUAUAAUUUAAGAAUACCACGCUUUACUAUUAAAAAAGAACUUAGUAUCUUUCAUAAGGUCUAGUAUCAGGAUAAUUAUGUAGAUGUUUUAACAACAUUUUUGUUUUUGUUCUUAAAUAAAGAAAAACCAAACUUGCUUAUUUUAGCCUUUGUAAUAGAAAAUAAAAGUGUGCACUUUAAACCCUCUCCUGA